GCUAUUUGGCUAUCCACUUCCUUUGUUGUAACCUGACAUUUCUGUGUGUUUUUCUUACUUGCUGUGUUCAUGUUACAACUUUAGAGAGCUCGUCACUAGUCUGAAGCAUACUGGUCGCUAUACAACACACCCUGAAGCAUACUGGUCACUAGAUGACCCAUUAUAAAGCAUACUGGUCGCUAGAUGACAUAUUCUGAAGCAUUCGCUAGACAACUCAUUCUGAAGAAUAGUGGUCGCUAGACAACACAUCCGGAAGCAUACUGGUCGCUAGAUGACACAUUAUAAAGCUUACUGGUCGCUAGAUGACACAUUAUAAAGCAUACUGGUCGCUAGAUGACUUAUUAUAAAGCAUACUGGUCGCUAGAUGACACAUAAAGCAUUCGUUAGACAACUCAUUCUGAAGUAUACCAGUCACUAGACAAUAACUUCUGAAGUAUACUGAUCGCUAGAGAACACAUUCUAAAGCAUACUGGUUCCAAUACUGUUCCACCUGUUCGAACCGUCCUCUGAAAACCUCUUGUGUAGAAAUCAGCAUGUCAUCCAGUAACCAAGCAGGCAUCAGGUGUGAACUCUGUUCGGUGAGUAUUGGUGGGAAGUCUCAAUUAGAAACGCACAUGCGCAUGCACACCGAGGACAGACCUUACACGUGCGGGGUGUGCCUCAAGGCCUUCAAAAUCAUAGGCAACAUUAAACAGCACAUGUGGAUGCACACUGGAGAAAAACCAUUUCAGUGUAACGUGUGCACGAAACGUUUUGCCAGCAGAAAGGCUGUGAAAGAACAUGCUAUGGUCCAUGCCGAAGUAAGACCGUACACGUGUGAAAUGUGCACAAAACAUUUCACGUGUAAUUCCCGCUUGAACCAACAUAUAAAGGCGAGCCAUCCUGGCUGUUUUUCGUUCCAGUGUGAACUGUGCACAAAAUGUUAUACAAAUCGAGUCCGGUUGCAAAAUCAUAUCCUGGCGGAUCACUCAUUCCAGUCGUUUGCAUGUGAUGUGUGCACAAAAAGUUUCAAAAAACGCGACAUACUUGCACAGCAUAUGUUGCUUCAUUCUAGUGAAAAGAGAUAUAUGUGCCAGAUUUGCACAAAACGCUUCAGACAGCGUGUCGGUUUGACACUACAUAUGCGGUGUCACUCUGAUGAGAAGCGUUUCAAAUGUGAAACUUGCACAAAACAUUUUACAUGGAUUGGCAACUUGAGACGCCACCAGGUGAUUCAUACUGGUGAAAAACCUUUCAAGUGUGAAAUGUGCACAAAAUGUUACUCUCAGAGUUCCAGUUUGAAACAACACAUGUUGAUUCAUAUGGGCGUGAAACGUUUCAAAUGUGAAAUUUGCUCAAAAUGUUUUACACAGAAUGGAGACUUGAGAUGUCACAUCCUGACACACACCGGCGAGAAACCAUUCAUGUGUGAGAUCUGUGCGAACUGUUUCACUCAAAAAUCGAGCCUUAGACUGCAUAUGAUGAUUCACAAUAGCGAAAAAACAUUCAAAUGUGAAGUGUGCACAAAAUAUUUUAGGUUGCGUUCUACGUUGAGAAAGCAUAUGGUGAUUCACAAUGGUAAAAAAUCAUUCAAAUGUGAGAUGUGCACAAAAUGUUUCGCUUAUUCUACGAGCCUGAAAUACCAUAUGAUGGUUCACAGUGGUGAAAAACCAUUCAAAUGCGACAUCUGUACAAAAUGUUUCACUUAUGCAUCGAGCCUAAAACUCCAUAUGAGGGUUCACAGUGGUGAAAAACCAUUCAAAUGUGAAACAUGCACAAAAUGCUUUACUCUUCAAUCCAUCCUGAAAAGACAUACGAGGGUUCACAAUGGUGAAAAAACAUUCAAAUGUGAGAUGUGCACAAAAUGUUUUAGGCUGGGUUCUACGUUGAGAAAGCAUAUGGUGAUCCAUGAUCGUUACAAUCUCGUGUACUAUACUUACCAAGUGGACGCAGUCAUGUUCAAAAUGUCAGCUGAUGACCUCCACCAGGAGAGCAGUGAUUCGUUCACGGAUGGUUCCAUCAUGAAAUGUGAACUCUGCUCUAAGUGUUUCAAGAGCAAGUAUUUUCUGGAGAUACACAUGCGUGUGCACACUACCGAGCGGCCGUUCAAGUGUGGAAUGUGCAACAAGGAUUUCACAACCAUAGGCAACAUCAAACAGCACAUGUGGGUCCACACUGCCAAAAAACUCUUUCCGUGUGAUAUGUGCACAAAACUCUUCAGACAGCGAGAAGCUUUGCAGCAACACAUCCUGUCGAGUCAUUCAGUUCAGGAAUCAUAUAGAUGUGAUGUGUGCAACAAAAGCUUUACACAACGUGACACUUUACAGCAACACAUUCUGUCGAGUCAUUCAGCUCAGGAAUCUUAUGUAUGUGAUGUAUGCACAAAAAGCUUUACGCAACGUCAAACUUUGCAGCAACACAUUCUGUCAAGUCAUUCAGUUCAGGAAUCUUAUAGAUGUCAUGUGUGCACAAAAAGCUUUAGACACCGAGACACUUUGCAGCAACAUAUUCUGUUGAGUCAUUCAGUUCAGGAAUCAUAUGUAUGUGAUGUGUGCACCAAAAGCUUUAGACACCGAGACACUUUGCAGCAACAUAUUCUGUCGAGUCAUUCAAUUCAGGAAUCUUAUAGAUGUGAUGUGUGCACCAAAAGCUUUACACAACGUGAAACUUUGCAGCAACACAUUCUGUCAAGUCAUUCAAUUCAGGAAUCCUAUAGAUGUGAUGUGUGCAACAAAAGCUUUACACAACGUGAAACUUUGCAGCAACACAUUCUGUCGAAUCAUUCUGUUCAGGAAUCCUAUAGAUGUGAUGUGUGCAACAAAAGCUUUACACAACGUGAAACUUUGCAGCAACACAUUCUGUCGAGUCAUUCAGUUCAGGAAUCCUAUAGAUGUGAUGUGUGCACAAAAAGAUUUAGACACCGAGACAUUUUGCAGCAACACAUUCUGUCGAGUCAUUCAGUUCAGGAAUCAUAUGUAUGUGAUGUGUGCAACAAAAGCUUUACCCAGCGAGACACUUUGCAGCAACACAUUCUGUCGAGUCAUUCAGUCCAGGAAUCCUAUGUAUGUGAUGUGUGCACACUAAGUUUUCCACAGCGACUCGAAUUAAAACAGCAUUUGUGGACUCAUUCUGGCGAGAAACCGUUCAAAUGUAAAAUGUGUGAAAAGACCUUUUCACGCAUUUCUAACCUGAGACGGCACGCCAUGACACACACCGGUGAACGGCCGUUCAAGUGUGAAAUGUGCACACAGUGCUUCACGCAGAGUUCCAGUCUGAAGCAGCACAUAUUGAUUCACGCCGGCGUGAAACCAUUCAAGUGUGAAAUGUGCUCCAAAUGCUUCACGCAGAGCUCCAGUCUGCGACAGCACGUGCUGAUUCACACGGGAGUGAAACCGUUCAAGUGCGAAAUGUGCUCCAAAUGUUUCACGCAGAGUUCCAGUCUCAGACAGCACAUGUUGAUUCACACGGGAGUGAAACGUUUCAAGUGUGAAAUGUGCUCCAAAUGCUUCACAAAGAACGCAGACCUGCAGUGCCAUGUGCUGAUACACACCGGCGAAAAGCCGUUUAUCUGCGAGGUGUGUGCGCGCCGCUUCACUCAGAAAUCCAGCCUCAAACAGCACAUGAUGAUCCACAAUGGGGAUAAACCGUUCAAAUGUGAAAUGUGCCCAAAAUGUUUUACUCAAAUUUCCCAGCUACGGAGACAUAUAUUGAUUCAUCAGGGCUCGAACUUAACGAUGGCAUCGACAGCCGUUGCCGCCGUUGAGAUAUAAAUUGCUGUAGAUCAGGAGCAUCAUGGACGGCACUUUUGUGCCUUCAGUGUAAAGCUCCUCAACAAUGGAAAAAUCAGGAGCAACAUGGAUGGCAC